GUUCCCCGAGAUGCACCAGUACCAGUUCGACUACAUCAUGAGCAACUGCCGGAACAAGGCUAACAUCAUCUCGCGCGUCGGCAUCAAGGCCAGCGAGACGGCCGAGCUGGUGGCCGCGAUCCACAUUUGCCUGGAGGAGGCGCUGUCGGACAUGGACGCCAUGAAGAAGAGCGGGUGGAUGUGCAAGGGCCUGGAGGUCACGGACAAAGCCGACCGCGAGCACGUCAAGGAUAUCCUGACGAGCGUGGCGGUGCAGAACCAUUGGAUGAGCCUCACGCAGCGGCACCUCACUGCUCUGAAGGACGAGGCUGCGGCAGGGCGCACGGCGCAGGACCUCCUCAAGAACAUGGAGCCGCUGGUGUCCGCCCGCAAGAGCAAGAAGGCGGCAGCCCCUCACGACGACUGGGCGCUCUGA